AUGACAUUUACACAUGCAAAUUUCGAUUGCAAUGUUCAAAAUCUGGACGACCUUGUGGUCAUCACUCUUCAAUUAGGAGAUCUACUGGUAAGGAAGGUACUCUUAGAUCCGAGGAGUAGUGCUGACGUUCUGUUUUAUUCAACAUUUCAGAAAAUGAACCUCAGUGACAACAUCCUCCAACCAACGGGUGGAGACUUGGUCGGUUUCUCAGGUGAACAAGUCCCGAUAUUAGGAUCAAUAUGGUUACAAACCACACUGGGUGAGCAUCCUCUUUCCAAAACAUGUGAUAUUCAGUAUUUAGUAGUAGAUUGUUUCAGCCCCUAUAAUCUUAUACUUAGCCGACAUUUUUUAAACAAGUUCAGCGCAAUUGUAUCUACCGUUCAUCUCUGUGUUAAGUUUUCUAUGCAGGACGAACAGAUUGCAACUAUCCACAGAGACCAUAAAGAAGCACGACAGUGCUAUAACAUCGGCAUGAGGCUGCCAAACCGUUCAAAACAAGCUCAGGUCAACAAUGUCCACCUCUCAAACAACAACUCGGCACUAGCCGACCUAGAUCCCAGAGCCGAAUUCCUCGAAUGA